UAUCUACCUAUCUUACUAUAACCAUCUCUCUCUUCUUUAAUUGCCUGCCACAUAAGCAUGUUCACGAGUCCCAAGUACAUGAUACUACUUAUGUUACCCCCACUAUGACCAGCCUCAUCAUGAGGAUCAUGUGCUAGGGUGUAUGUGUGGUGAAAUUGAGAGACAUGCCGACCUUAGAAGGGACAGAGAGUUUCUGAGCCAAGCUCAAGCGAGUUUGGGUGAACUGUUUUUUUUAAUAAUGUGAUUUUUUUUUGACAAAUAUUGACAAAAGUUUCAACUGUCUGUAAAAAUUUGUCAUGGAAUCACAUUCAUGUGAGGCGUGGUAAAAAAAGAAAAACAAAUUCAGUGCUCACCGGGCCCGGCAGCCCAACUUCUCUCUGCGUCGCCGCGAAAUUUCCAUCAAUUCCCCACUGUCCACCGGAACCGGGGUGGUGGUAGUGCUCGAUGUGUGUUCGGCGAAAUGUCACCGCAAAGCUAGCGCUGCCUCUCCUCUCGGCGCGCGUGCUUGCCGGGGUCGAUUCCGGUCGCCGCGCGCGCAAGGUGCUCGGCGUAAUGGCUUCCUCGGUUGCCUAUGCUGCACCUCCUUCGGCGCCGUGCAGUGCGUGCCGACAUGCCGCCACGAGACCGAGGUCAAGGAGAGGAGGCCGACAAGGACGACUCCACUACCGGGCCGCUCGCUGCAAUCCACUGGCCGGGUAGUCUGUGCGGUGGUGUCUUGACGCGGCCGCACCCGUGUCCUCGUACACGCGACGUCGCCGUCGGGGCCCCGGGGAGCGUACUGAUUGCGCGUGCCGACCUGGCCUCAGGGUCUCCGAAGACGGCGCGCGCCGCGCUGUCGCGCACCCUUGUUUUGGCCAGGUAUGGCACGUGGUCGCCCUGCAGCUGCGGGGCUCCAUCUGAAACUAUUGGUAGAUCAUUGAAUCCGGAUAAAAGAUCAGGUCCCCUCUACAGACUACAGUAUAUGUACCAAUUGUUAAAAUUGUUAACUAGCAGUAGCGCAUAAUAAGCAAUGAGGUACACUAGUCUUCCCUGACGUUAUCACUGUGUGCCACUUGUAUUUGUAAAAUUCGUUGAGAUCAUCUUGUUAGUUUACUGCGUAAGUUCAUUUAGGUUGAUGGAGGAUAGCACUUAAGUUAUGCACCAAGGCCAUGGCGACAAGAUUACCACAACAAGAUCGGUUGGAAUGUAAUUAGUUGCGCACUGUUUCAGGCCGGUUCUGUUCCGGAGCUUAAUGAAUACACUGAAAUGCUUGAGGCAUGGGAUUUACUUGCCAUUCCGAUUUAUCAUUCUACUAUGAGAUGACCAAACCAUAAGAGAGGACAGCCUUUCUUCUAAUGCCAACAAAGGAAUCAUAGAGUCAAGUCUAAAAGUUGCAAUUAUGUCGCGGCCGUAUCCUUUCUAUUGGUGGGAGAUACGCCAUUAUCAUGACGAAACUGUUUCGAAAUAGCCAUUUCUUAUUGGAGCGUACCAUAGCCACACUGGCAACUGUACACUGACCCUCCUGAUCUAUAAUUGUGGAACAUGACAACCGUAAUACGCAUAUGAAAGCAUUUGCUAGUCCCAUGGAUAUACAUAUAUGCCAGUCUCUGCCUCUCUCCCUCUCUCUCUUGGAUAGAAGCCUGAAGCCUCUAGUUUGCUCACAAGAAGCAUGAACCUAUGUGCAGCAAUUCUCCUAUUCUACAUGUUCCAGUUGAUCCAUGGACAGCCUGAUUAUCUAGGUUUCAUAAGCAUCGAUUGUGGCAUCCAAGUGAAUUCUACCUACCAAGAUUCCAUUUCAAAUAUGAUAUAUGUAUCAGACUAUGGUUUCAUCACCCCUGGAGAAAACCGUGGCAUCUCCUCAGAUUACGUAAAGCCAUCACUGGUGAAACGCUAUCUGAAUCUCCGGUUCUUUCCACACGGCGCAAGGAAUUGCUACACCCUGAGAUCCUUGGUGAUGGGAAACAAGUACCUUGUUCGUGCCGCCUUCUACUAUGGAAACUAUGAUGGCCUGGGCAAACCUCCUGUCUUUGAUCUGUACAUGGGGACAAGCUACUGGCAUGAAGUUAGCUUCAGUGAUGCAGGAGCAUUCAACUGGAUGGACAUCAUAGUUGUGGCUCCUGAUGAUUACUUGCAAGUUUGUUUGGUGAACAAAGGUAUGGGUAAUCCAUUUAUUUCUGGGCUGGAUUUGAGGCCACUGAAGAAUACCCUUUACCCAGAGGUAAAUGCAACUCAAUCGCUCGUGCUGGUUAAUUCUAAUCGGUUCCACAUGGGGCCUACAGACGGUUCAGUAAUCAGGUACCCCUCGGAUUCCCAUGACCGCAUCUGGACGACAUAUAAUGCAAUUCCAAACUCUACUGAGAUAUCUUCAACAUCUGUAAUUCAGAAUAACCUCAGGGAUGUCUAUGAUGUGCCAUCAUCUGUUAUGCAAAAUGCAGCGACUGUUAAUAGCUCAAGAAUUGAUUUCUCAUGGAGUCCAUCUGAUCCAUCAGUGAACAUAAGCUCCAAAUACUUUUUUAUUUUCUACUUUGCUGAGCUGCAGAAUGUACGGAGCAAUGCAGUGCGGCAGUUUGAUAUCAUUAUCAAUAACAAGACAUGGAACAAGCAACCUUACACCCCAACAUUCCAAGUCACCGAUUAUUUUUCCGGGAUUUUGCACGGGAUGGAAAAUUAUAGUGUCUCACUUGUUGCUACAAAAAAUGCAACACUUCCACCUAUCCUCAAUGCCAUGGAGAUGUACUUGGUGAAACCGAUAACUAUGGUUGCAACUGAUCCUGGAGAUGCAGCUAGAGCCAUGAUGGCAAUCCAAGACGAUUUUGGUGUGAUAGAAAACUGGAUGGGUGAUCCAUGUACUCCGAAGGCUUUUAUAUGGAGAGGAUUAAACUGCUCAUAUCCACCAGCAGGUGCCUCUAAAAUAAUGGCACUAAACUUGUCUUCCUUUGGGUUGGUUGGUGCCAUCUCUACUAAUUUUAGAGAUCUCAAAGCACUCCAGUAUCUGGAUUUAUCACACAACAACUUGUCUGGUCCUAUUCCGAAUUUUCUUGGGCAACUUUCCUCACUAAUGUUUCUGGAUUUGUCCAGCAAUGAUCUGAGUGGACCAAUUCCUUACAACCUUUUACAAAGGUCCCAAAAUGGGUCCUUAUUACUAAGGGUCGGUGAUAAUGCAAAUCUUUGUGCCAAUGGUACUGCCUGCAGAUCAGGUCGAAAGAAAAUCAACGGGACACUUCUCGUUGCAAUAGUUGUACCAAUAGCUGCUGCCUUUGCACUAUUUGUUAUCUUUCUUUUGCUGUGCCAAGUGCUCAAAGGAAAAGCUAAGCGAAACACUACUGGCCAUGAAGAUAAAUCAGCAUUACUUGAGAACCGAGAGUUCUCUUACAAAGAACUGAAGCAUAUUACGAAUAACUUCAGUCAAGAGAUUGGAAAGGGCGGGUUUGGACCUGUCUUCCUUGGUUACUUGGAGAAUGGAAACCCAGUUGCUGUGAAAGUGCGUUCCGAGUCAUCUUCCCAAGGGGGUAAAGAGUUUCUGGCUGAGGCUCGGCACUUGACCAGGAUUCAUCACAAGAAUUUAGUUUCUUUGGCUGGCUACUGCAAGGACAGAAAUCAUUUGGCCCUUGUUUACGAGUACAUGCCCGAAGGGAACCUGCAGGAUCAUCUGAGAGCCACUUCUACUUGUAAACCACUCAGUUGGGAGCAGCGCCUUCAGAUCGCCCUUGAUGCUGCACAAGGUCUUGAGUAUCUGCACAUCGCUUGUAAGCCAGCAUUGAUACACAGAGAUGUGAAGAGCAGGAACAUCCUCCUGACCACAGAUCUUGGGGCUAAGAUUGCUGAUUUUGGCCUGACCAAGGCUUUCAGUGACUCCGAAACACAUAUAACCACGGAACCAGCUGGUACUAUGGGCUACUUAGAUCCUGAGUACUUUCGCAGUUAUCACAUCAGUGAGAAGAGCGACCUGUACAGCUUUGGCGUUGUCCUCCUGGAGCUCAUCACGGGCCAUGCCCCGGUCAUACCUAUUAAUGACAGCAUGAGCAUCCACAUCGGCGAGUGGGUGCACCAGAGCCUCGACCAUGGAAACAUCGAGAGCAUUGUGGAUGCAAAGAUGGGAGGGGACUAUGACAUCAACUCUGUCUGGAAAGCUGCUGACUUGGCGCUGCAUUGCAAGCGAGACGCCUCCCGAGAGCGGCCGACGAUGGCGGAGGUGGUGGCGCAGCUUAAGGAGUGCUUGGAGCUCGAGAACCGUCGUGACGGGAGGAGAAGAAGCUUGGGUUCGAAUGGUGAUGAUUCGACCUGUCCUGGAGAGGCAAGUGCACUUGAGAUAGAAGAAGAAGAAAAGCAGCACGAUGGGGAGAUACAAGCGGCUGCUGGCCCUGCAAUGAGAUAAUAGGUUUGAUGAUCUUGCAUAAAUGCUGGAGGUUUGAGCGCUCUCGUCUUACCUUUCUGAUAAGCCGUCAUCCUGUCUUUCUUUGUGAUGUUCUCAAAUUUCUGGCAAUGCUUAGAUGGAGUCUACCUGUUCUAGAUAAAAAAGAAUUGUGAUGAAAGAAGCUCAAUUGGAUUACUAGGGAAUUUAUGUUCUGGUUUGGACGGCCUGCCAGUGGUAGGCUUCUCAGUGUUUAGGGUGGCCUUGUUUGUUGGCACAUUCGUCUUAGUUGGUCCAUGUUUUUGAUGUUUCUCUCCUUCAGCGCCUCUUUGACGAGGUGCACGCCAGCACUGCUCAGCUCGACGGCCCUCCCCAAGGGCGACGGCAUCCCCUCGCCGGGAGCGUUCCGGCUGGUCUCACUUCAAAACGACGACGUGAAGAUCCUGUGUCACGGCCUCGCCACCAGGCUUAAGAGACAAAUCAGCCGUGUCGUUGACAUGGAUCAAUCAGGGUUUAUGGCGGGAAGGAGGAGGCCGCUGUUGCGGAAGGCCUCUAUUAUUUGUAGUGUUUUAAAUAGCGGGCUAUGGCAAUAUAGUGGCAAAGCUAUAGCGAGGCUAUAGCGGCAAAUUGUACUUGAAAUCAUUUAUCGGCAACAUGCUCAAACAACUAUAGCGGGGCUAUAGCCGACUAUUUAAAACUAUGAUUAUUUGU